CUGCGGAGCGGACGGACGCGCCUGGUGCCCCGGGGAGGGGCGCCACCAGGAGAGGAGGAGGAGGCGGAGGAGGAGGUGGAGAGGAAGAGACGCCCUCUCUGCUGACAUCCCCCCUCCCCCCCGAGGCUCUGACCUCAGGGGCUAGGGGCCUGACAAGUUUCUCCACCUUGGCUGCCUGAAGAGGCCGCUACCCUGGAGGGCCCUGAGCCCACCGCACCAGGGGCCCCAGCACCGCCCCGGUGGCCUAACGCGACAGUCUCAGGGACCACUGCGAGGUUUCCAGUUGCCUAGACAAGGAGCUGGGGGUCAGAGCAACAACCCUUCCAGCCACCUGCCUCGACUUCUGCCUCAGGCACCAGUCCCAGCCCUGUGCAUCCAACCCAGGUGACAUGCCGGUACUCUCCACCUCCCGGUCCUCGCGGGUGACCACGCUGAAGCGCACAGCUCUGGUCCUGGCCCUCACGGCCUAUGGAGCCCACAAAAUCUACCCUUUGGUGCGGCAAUACCUGGCUGCAACCAGGGGCCCUCAGGUACCAGCAGGGGAGUCCACGCAGGAGGUCUCUGGGGCCACAGCGGCCAAGGCCGGCGUGAACCGGGUGUUCUUGCAGCGGCUCUUGGGGCUCCUGCGGCUGCUCUUCCCCAGGACUCUGUGCCGGGAAACGGGGCUGCUGGCACUGCACUCGGCGUCCCUGGUGAGCCGGACUUUCCUGUCAGUGUAUGUGGCCCGCCUGGACGGCCGGCUGGCCCGCUGCAUCGUGCGCAAGGACCCACAGGCCUUCGGCUGGCAGCUCCUGCAGUGGCUCCUCAUCGCUCUCCCUGCCACCUUCAUCAACAGCGCCAUCCGGUACCUAGAGGGCCAGCUGGCCCUGUCUUUCCGCAGCCGUCUAGUGGCCCACGCCUACAGGCUUUACUUCUCCCAGCAGACCUACUACAGAGUCAGCAACAUGGACGGGCGGCUUCGCAACCCUGACCAGUCCCUGACGGAGGACGUGGUGGCCUUUGCAGCCUCUGUGGCCCACCUCUACUCCAACCUCACCAAGCCGCUCCUGGAUGUUGCUGUGACCGCCUACACCCUGCUUCGAGCAGCCCGUUCCCGGGGGGCCGGCACAGCCUGGCCCUCGGCCAUUGCUGGCCUCGUUGUGUUCCUCACAGCCAACGUGCUGCGAGCCUUCUCACCCAAGUUUGGCGAGCUGGUGGCAGAGGAGGCACGGAGGAAGGGAGAGCUGCGCUACAUGCACUCUCGAGUGGUGGCCAACUCAGAGGAGAUCGCCUUCUAUGGGGGCCACGAGGUGGAGUUAGCCCUGCUGCAGCACUCCUACCAGGACCUGGCUUCGCAGAUUAACCUUAUCCUGCUGGAACGCCUGUGGUACAUCAUGCUGGAGCAGUUCCUCAUGAAGUAUGUGUGGAGCGCCUCGGGCCUGCUCAUGGUGGCCGUGCCCAUAAUCACUGCCACCGGCUAUUCGGAGUCAGACUUGGAGGCAGUGAAGAAGGCAGCUUUGGAGAUGAAGGAGGAGGAGCUCGUGAGCGAGCGCACAGAGGCCUUCACCAUUGCCCGCAACCUCCUCACAGCUGCUGCGGAUGCCAUCGAGCGGAUCAUGUCAUCCUACAAGGAGGUGACAGAGCUGGCCGGCUACACAGCCCGAGUAUACGAGAUGUUCCAGGUAUUCGAAGAUGUCCAGCACUGCCAUUUCAAGAGGCCCGGGGAGCCGGAGGACCCUCAGGCAGGGCCCGGGGCUGUGGCCAGGUCUGGUGUCCGUGUAGAGGGGCCCCUGCAGAUCCGAGGCCAAGUGGUAGAUGUGGAACAGGGAAUUAUUUGUGAGAACAUCCCCAUCAUCACGCCCACGGGAGAGGUGGUGGUGGCCAGCCUCAAUAUCAGGGUGGAAGAGGGCAUGCACCUGCUCAUCACCGGCCCCAACGGUUGCGGCAAGAGUUCUCUCUUCCGGAUCCUUGGCGGUCUCUGGCCCACGUACGGUGGCGUGCUGUACAAGCCCCCGCCGCAGCGCAUGUUCUACAUCCCUCAGAGGCCCUACAUGUCCGUGGGCUCCUUGCGGGACCAGGUGAUCUACCCAGACUCCGUGGACGACAUGCGAAGGAAAGGCUAUUCGGAGCAGCACCUGGAAGCCAUUCUGGACAUCGUGCACCUGAACCACAUCCUGCAGCGGGAAGGAGGUUGGGAGGCCGUGUGUGACUGGAAGGAUGUGCUGUCGGGGGGUGAGAAGCAGAGAAUCGGCAUGGCCCGAAUGUUCUACCACAGGCCCAAGUACGCCCUCCUGGAUGAGUGCACCAGCGCCGUGAGCAUCGACGUGGAAGGCAAGAUCUUCCAGGCGGCCAAGGACGCUGGCAUUGCCCUGCUUUCCAUCACCCACAGGCCCUCCCUGUGGAAGUACCACACGCACUUGCUGCAGUUUGAUGGGGAGGGUGGCUGGAAGUUCGAGAAGCUAGACCCCGCCGCUCGCCUGAGCCUGACCGAGGAGAAGCAGCGGCUUGAGCAGCAGCUAGCGGGCAUCCCCAAGAUGCAGCGGCGCCUCCAGGAGCUCUGCCAGAUCCUGGGCCAAGGCUCUGGGGUCCUCCAGGGUGCUGCUCCCCCCUGAGCCCUGGGACCACAUGAAGGAAACCACAGCAGUUGCCCACCACCCCCCUGCACCUGGCCCUGCCGCAGGCCUGUCCUGCAUGCCUUUCCCUCCCAGGCCUCCUGGCCGCAGGCCUGCCCUGCCUAGAGGACUGCCAGCAAAACCAUGUGCCUGUCCCUGGGCCCCCUUCCCUGGGCGGGGCAGAUGGGACUUUCUUCUCUUCCAGGGGGGGAAGGGUGGAGGGGAGCCCCCAGCUCACACCGCCAGCCAGUCUGUGCGGAGCCUUGCAUGGGGCGGGGGGCCUGCUCUCCUGACGCUGCAGUCCCCCUUAUUCCCUCCUCUUCAGUCCCUUGGAGACCCCACGGGCCAUCCGUGGCUACUGCCCAAAUGGCCCACUGAGGCUCCCACCCCACAGGACACCCUUCCUGCCAUAGAAACAGCCAGACAGAACCCACAGCCAGACGGGGCCCCUCACGUGCGCCCCUUCUCCCUGCCACGGGAGGAAGGAUUGCACAGCACUAGCGAGCGAUGGUAAGAAUGUAGCCCCUGCCCCUAGCCUCCUUUCCUUCUACAAGCUAAUUUAUUGGAUUCCUGUUUGGAGCCAUCUCGAUUGCCAACACGAGCACCCAGCCAGCAGCGGAGGUGGCCGGGGCCGCGGUCCUCCCACAGAUGGCCUGGCCCUUGAGCCAGCCCCCGGCGGCCUGUCGCCCCACCAGCCUACACUGCCAGCCACCUCCGUGGGGUGGGGGUGGGGGAACAGGCCAGUGAAGGGGGAACCGGGUGCUGGGGCUGCCAGGCAUGAGGGCACCUGUGCGCCCAGCUCAGUGCCAAAGAGGGGUCAGCCAGGGGAGCUGUAUCUGCAAAGCCAGGCCCCACCCAAGAGGGAGACCCCACCACAGCCACCGCAUGUGCCUUUCCAGAUCCUCAGCCACCUGGCCGGGGAGCAUCCCUCAAUCCCUCAGUAAAAGCCUCCCGCAGAAAGUGCCGUCCUGCCUCCUGGCCUCUUUGUCUGGCAGGGCUGGGGAGGAGCUCGGGAGGGGCAUCAGGUCGCCUGGGGCGGAAGGAGUAACCUCAACCCCUGCCCCCACCCAAAGACAGCUCAGCAUAUUCUCCUGUGGGGAGAUAGAUUU